CACACACAAUCUCUUCUGAGUCUCACUCUUUCAAUAGUUCCAUCCAUUCUGUCAGGCCAGGCCAUCCGCGUUUAGGAUAUACUCUUUCACGGAGUGAAGGAAAAAAGGGGGGCAAAAGCAGAGCAAAACUUGAAAAUCUAGUCAGGAUCAGAGGGGACAUAUCAAGUGGAUCCGAUGAAGAGGACGACAAGCUGUUGAGCCUUGGAAGUUAAGGAUAAGUCUGAACAUCGUGAGGGCCCGGAGGGGAAAGAUGUCCUCGUCACGAAGGGCUCGUCCCAUCCCCUUUGUCUCACUCGCCCCUUUAUUUCAAUGACCGAGAAGAAAGCACAACUGGCAGUUCUCCAUUUAAGAUAUUCCCCCUUGGAUGUGCCCUUCAGGGUGGGACUGAUUCUGAGCGCAGCAAACAUGCGACUGUGGUGGAUUUUACUGCUAAGCUUUUGGAGUGUUUAUGGAGAACUCCCAUUCAUAGCAGAGAACAACGCUGCCAUGCUAGUCAACUGGAAUGCUGUGGAUGGGAAUAAAAAGCUGUUUGCAAUCUAUGACACAAGCGCCAAUGAACCAGGAAACAUGUCUUUUGUCAAAGAGACGGUGGACAAGCUUCUGAAAGGCUAUGAUAUUCGUCUUCGACCGGACUUUGGAGGUGCACCGGUGGCAGUUGGCAUGAGCAUCGAUGUGUCAAACAUAGAUAUGGUGUCUGAGGUCAACAUGGACUACACAUUGACCAUGUAUUUCCAGCAGUACUGGAGGGACAAGCGGCUCGCAUAUUCUGGGAUCCCUCUCAAUCUUACCCUAGACAACCGGGUAGCCGACCAUCUCUGGGUUCCUGACACGUAUUUCCUAAAUGACAAGAAGUCUUUUGUCCACGGUGUCACAGUGAAGAACCGCAUGAUCCGCCUGCACCCGGAUGGCACAGUUCUUUAUGGACUAAGAAUCACAACCACUGCGGCUUGCAUGAUGGAUCUGAGAAGGUAUCCAUUAGAUGAGCAGAACUGCACUCUGGAGAUAGAGAGUUAUGGAUACACAACAGAUGACAUCGAGUUUUACUGGAAGGGAGGAGAAAAUGCAGUGACUGGUGUGUCACGUAUCGAGCUCCCACAGUUCUCCAUCGUGGACUACAAACUUGUGUCCAGAAAUGUUGUCUUUUCCACAGGUGCUUAUCCUCGACUAUCUUUAAGCUUCAAGUUAAAAAGAAACAUCGGCUACUUCAUCCUGCAGACCUACAUGCCCUCAAUCCUGAUCACCAUCCUGUCCUGGGUCUCCUUCUGGAUCAACUAUGAUGCCUCAGCAGCCAGAGUGGCAUUAGGUAUUACCACUGUGCUGACCAUGACCACCAUCAACACCCACCUGAGAGAAACUCUUCCGAAGAUCCCCUAUGUCAAAGCCAUAGACAUGUAUUUGAUGGGCUGUUUCGUCUUUGUCUUCUUGGCUCUGCUGGAAUAUGCUUUUGUCAACUACAUUUUCUUUGGAAGAGGGCCUCAGAUGCAGAAGAAGUUGGCCGAGAAAGCUGAAAAAGCCAAUAAUGACAACAACAAGUAUGAUGGCAACAAGUCUGUUCAGGAGGGAGGCAACUGCAAGCCAUCAUCUGUUAAACAGUCCAAUCAGGUACAAGGCCACCAUCACUCACAAGGGGUUGACUCACAGGGAAAUAUCCUUCUGACCACCCUGGAGAUCCACAAUGAGGUGGCCGGGAAUGAGGUCACCACCAGCGUUAGCGAGACCCGAAACUCCACUUCAAUGGUGUUCGAUAACUCAGGGAUCCAGUAUCGUAAACAGAGCACUGCGCGGCCCGAUGGCCGCCACAGCAUGGGCAGGACCACGCAGCCAAAGAAACCGCGGCUACGUAGACGCUCUUCUCAGCUCAAAAUCAAAAUCCCUGACCUCACAGACGUGAACGCCAUCGAUCGAUGGUCACGGAUAAUAUUUCCUUCAGCUUUCUCUCUUUUCAACUUGAUCUACUGGCUGUAUUAUGUGAAUUAGGCCUGAGACGUCAAUGGGUUUUUGUCCCUUCACAAUAUUUUUUUAUGUUGCCAAGAGGAAAAUAGAGACUUUUUUUGCUCUGACGUACUUAAGGGAUGUACUUAUAUGCGCCAUAUAUAUCAAGGUUUUUCUACAAUUGAGCCUUUGUUGUGAAGAGUUCGGAAGGAAAGCUACCUGCACUAAAACCCAUUCUCACAUACAGUAAAUAUGUACUCAAACAUUCCCAUUCUCACAUACACAAAAUCUGUUUUCUAAAGACUAUCUCUGUACAUACAUGUUGCAAUUUUUGAAGCCACAGGACUUCCGCAUGAUGCACUCAGAACUGUUUUCGAUUUGUACAUGUUCCUAUGUUAUUUCAAUUGAAAGAUGCUAAUUGCAAAUGUUUCAUGCCAAUAAAUAUUUAUUGUUUGAGCGCAGGAGCCUAUUAUUGAAAGAUGAUCAUAUAGUUGUGGAAAUGCAGUAUAUAACAAGGGUAGUAGGUCAAAUCAUGUCUUCAGUUUCAAAGCUCGCUACAUAAACAUCAGCUGCACUAAACAUUGCUGUCAUGAUCUUGUUCAGACAAAGUGUGGACUGUAUAUAAUCAUGUUAUGAUAUGCUUCUGGAACAUGAUUUUCAUCUGUCUUGGGUUGAUAUGAUUAUACGCCACUUUUUUUGCAAUCAUCAUGUAAAGUGCUUCAGUACAUGCAAGAUAAGAUAAUAAUUGUAUCUCAUUUCAAGAAUAUCAUGAAUG